AUGCGUACUUCGGGCAAUGUUUUGAAUGGCUUUUCAAGAUGGUGGUUUCCACGGAGCAAAGCCCGAACCCUUGUUGUAGUUUAUAUUUUAAGGGUGAUGUUGCCGUGUGUUUGUGCCGACGAUCCACAUAUAAUCCAUUCUCCAGGGCAGGAUACCGUUAAAGCUUUCAUCAACAUAUCUUACAUGGACCGUGAUACAAAUACAAAGAAGGAGGAACAUUUUGAAGGAAGAUACGGGAAAAACAGCGUCAUCGCUAAAGCGUCAGGUGUUGUUAUGCACACACUGUCCCUCUUAAACAAAUCAGGAAUAAGUUACACAAAUCAUUUCGGAUGUACUAAUUAUAUUAAUCCCAAAUUUCCAUCAGAGCAAUGGAUAGCUCUUGUAAAACGGGGAGAGUGUUCUUUCACCAACAAAAUCAAAAUGGCAACGAAAGAUCACAAUGCCACAGCGAUUGUCAUUUACAACAACGAGUCCAAUACUCAAUAUUUGCCGCCGAUGGAGCAUGAUAAAGCAAUUGCAGGUAUCUCUGUCAUGUUGAGUUUGGAAAAUGGGAAGCAGAUUGUUCGUUUGUUGAAUGAGGGUUAUACUGUUCACAUGCACAUUGUUCCCGGCCCCGAUGAGAAUCUGAACGCACAAGCACAGAACAGCAUCAGCAAAACAUCAGUCCUGUUUGUGUCCAUCUCCUUCAUCGUGCUGAUGGUCAUCUCGCUGGCCUGGCUGGUGUUUUACUACAUUCAACGUUUUCGAUACUCACAUGCCAAGGAGAGGCUCGCUAGAAGGCUUGUCUGUGCAGCCAAGAAGGCCAUCGCAAAAAUCCCACAGAGGACUGUCAAAGUCGGAGAUAAG